GGGGGACGAACGUGCGCGCCCCCGCCUCCUCCCUCUCUUUCUGGUCUCCAUCUUCGCCGCGGCGGAAGCGGGACUGUCGUGUCCGAGUCGCCGCCAUGCAGCUGUUUGUCCGCGCGCAGGCCCUGCACACCCUCGAGGUGACCGGGCAGGAGACCGUCGCCCAGAUCAAGGCCCAUGUGGCAUCCCUGGAGGGCAUCGCUCCCGAGGACCAGGUCCUGCUGCUGGGUGGCUCCCCGCUGGAGGAUGAAGCCAUCUUGGGGCAGUGCGGGGUGGAGCCUCUGGCCACUCUGGAAGUGGCUGCUCGGAUGCUAGGAGGUAAAGUCCAUGGCUCUUUGGCCCGAGCUGGAAAAGUGAGGGGUCAGACUCCCAAGGUGGCCAAGCAGGAGAAGAAGAAGAAGAAGACUGGGCGCGCUAAGAGGAGGAUGCAGUACAACCGACGCUUUGUCAACGUAGUGCCCACCUUUGGCAAGAAGAAGGGCCCCAAUGCCAACUCCUAAUUCCCUGGUGCUUUCUGUCUGUCCCCAAUAAAGCAGCUUGUGACUCUGC